AUGUCAGACAACGAUGACGAUUUUAUGUUGGAAGAUGACGAGGAGGAUUAUAAUUUCGAUUAUGAAGAUGACGAACAAGAAGAACCAGAUGUAGAUCUAGAAAACAAAUAUUAUAAUGCAAAAGCAAGAAAGGAAGACGAUCCCGAAAGUGCCAUUAGAGAGUUUCAAAGUGUUGUAGACACCGAACAAGAAAAAGGAGAUUGGGGUUUCAAAGCUUUGAAACAAAUGGCCAAAUUAUCUUUUAAAGCAGGUGAUUAUGAAUCGACUCUCAAAUAUUAUAAACAAUUGCUCUCAUACACAAAAUCAGCAGUAACGCGCAAUUACAGUGAAAGGAGCAUCAAUAAUAUACUGGAUUUUAUUUCAUCCUCUCAAGAUAUGACUUUUAUGGAGGAAUUUUAUUCAACAACAUUAAAUGCAUUGGAAGAAGCUAAGAAUGAGAGAUUAUGGGUUAAAACCAAUCUAAAAUUGGCAAAACUUUGGCUUGAUCGUAAAGAAUAUAAUAGAUUAAACAAGAUACUUCGACAACUUCAUGCAUCUUGUCAAAAAGAUGACGGAACUGAUGAUCAACGUAAAGGAACACACUUGUUGGAAAUUUUUGCAUUGGAAAUUCAAAUGUAUACAGAAACAAAAAAUAAUAAAAAACUAAAAGCAUUAUAUCAACAAUGUCUUCAUGUUAAAUCAGCCAUUCCACAUCCACGUAUAAUGGGAGUUAUUCGUGAAUGUGGUGGUAAAAUGCAUAUGGGAGAGAAGGAAUGGUUUAAAGCUCAAACGGACUUCUUUGAAUCUUUCAAGAAUUAUGAUGAAGCUGGAAGUCCUCAACGUAUACAAGUAUUAAAAUAUUUGGUACUUGCGAAUAUGUUAAACGAGUCUCAAAUUGAUCCAUUUGAUUCUCAAGAAACAAAACCAUAUAAACAUAAAAAUGAAAUAGUCGCAAUGGUUAAUUUAGUUACUGCAUAUCAACGCAAAGAAAUUAGAGAAUUUGAAAAAAUCCUAAGAGAAAACCGUGCUACAAUUAUGGAUGAUCCUUUUAUACGUACAUACAUCGAUGAUGUUCUUAAGAAUAUUCGAACACAAGUACUUCUUCGACUUAUAAAACCAUACACAAGAAUAGAAAUACCAUUUGUAUCAAAGCAACUUAAUAUACCAGCACAAGACGUUGAAGAUCUAUUGGUUGGUCUUGUUUUAGAUAAUAAAAUUGUUGGAAGAAUAGAUCAAUAG